GUCUGAGCGGGGGGGUGUGCAGUGGGCACUGUGGGUCUGAGCUGGCGGACAGUGGGCACUGAGGAUCUGAGUAGGAAGGUAGUUAUCACUCUGGGCCUGAGCCGAAGGGGCAGUGAUCACUGUAUCCAAGAGGGUGGACAGGGGCUCCUAGAGCUGAGCAGGAUGUCUGUGAUUGCUAGAAGCCUGUCUGCCCGGUGCCCGGUACUGAAUCACUUCCCCGCUGCCUGCCAGCCUCGCCUGAAAAGCUCUCAGAGCACGAUCGAAGUUAUACCUGUAAACAAGAAUGCGGGCAAACGAGAGAGAAAAUGCUCUGAGGAUGGCAGUGAUGCCCAGGGAAAGUCCUGGCCCCGGUAUGUUGUGGAACGCCUACGACGGUUUGAGAAACUGAAGAGUGAUCACGAAGAGAUGUUGAGGGAGAGGAUUUUACGAGAGAGCCGACCGAUUGAGGUCAGGCUGCCGGGUGGGAAGAGCGUGGAGGGCCAAUCAUGGAAAACCAGCCCGUACCACAUCGCCAGGGCGAUCAGCUGCAGCGUGUCGGAGAGUGCCAUCGUUGCCCGUGUUAACGGUGAGCUCUGGGACCUCCUGCGCCCCCUGGAGGCCGACUCAUCAGUGGAGCUGCUGGAGUUCGACAAUGAGGGAGCUAAAGCGGUAUUUUGGCAUUCCAGUGCCCACCUGCUCGGUGCUGCCAUGGAGCAUCUGUACGGGGGCUUGCUGUGCCGUGGACCCCCCACAGAAUACGGCUUCUUCUAUGACAUCUUCAUGAAUGGCAGGGAUCGAACUUCAGGCUCUGCAAGUUACCGGGACAGUGACGAGAAGCUGAACAAUCAGUGCCAAGCCGAGGGUAUUGGACCUGAAACAAUGAGGUUGCAGUUCACAUUAAAAUUGGCAGCCUCCGGUUACCUGCACAAAGCUCUGCAGCUGGACGGCCAACCUUAUAUCAUCGAGGAAUUGCAACUGUUCCCUGGGCCGGAGCCUGUGCACAGUGUCCUCCUGUCAUCGGAAAAGGCUGCGCUCUACGUCACCUCAUCCACUUCAGUCCUGGAGGUGCCCGUCUCUAACUGCACGGCUUAUCCCAGCUGUGGGCAGUGUGUGUUAUCCCGAGAUCCCUACUGUGCCUGGGACGCCCGUCGUGGAGCCUGCAAGGAGACGAGGGGGCAGCAAAAUGCGUCCCGCUGGCUUCAGGACAUCGAGAAUGCAGAAGCAGGUUCAGUCUGCUUCCCACAGGCUCAGCCGAGAAUGCACACACCAAGGGAAGUGUUUACAGCAGCUCCUGCGGAGCCUGUCAUGGUGACGGUCCCGGAGAACUCGCUGGUCAACUUGCCGUGCCGUGCCCCGUCCAACCUGGCGCAGACGAACUGGACGCACGAUGGGGAGCGGGCAGCAGAGGCAGAGAUGAUUGAACAACCCUUUAGCUUGUGGCUGGUAGCUACCUCAGACCGGCAGGGCCUGUGGGAGUGCUGGGCGACUGAGAAUGGUUUCAAGGCCUUGAUGGCAAGUUACAUGCUCCAGAUGGGGGCGCGAGAGACGCUGGCGGGAGUGGAGGGCCAGCUGCCAUGGGCUGGCAUUGCCGUGAAGACAUACUGGAAUGAGCUGGUACUGGUGAGCACGCUGCUGGCGUUGUCCAUAUUGGCACUGGUCGCCUAUAUAGCCUACCACCGCUCCGAGAGGUGCCGGUCGCGAAGGGGAGCCCGAGUCAGCCAGGUCCCGACGGAUGAUGGAGAACAGGAAGAAAUCCGACCCGGCUCCCAAUCUCCGGAAGACGACACUCGGAUGCGGCAGACACACCACUCAAGUGCCGAGGGGAACCCACAGGAUCACAAUCAGCCCUAAGUGAACCAUACACCUCGCCUGGAGAAACCUGGUGGGAUGGGGUCAGAAGGGGCUGAGGGUGGUGGGGGGUGGUGGGAAACGCACAGAUCUGUACCCCCCCCCCCCCCAAUCCAUGCUGGCUUUCCAUCGGAGCGUGGGUGGGGAAAGGGGAAGCAGAAAGUGCCCUUUUGUCGUGAUGAUGGUCUCGCUCAGGGAUCUGCAAGUAAGGAGUUUUACAUCUUGUCUUUUCCAUUUGCCGCUGCGUCUUUGCUUAGGUGUCUCGUGGGGAUGAUGCGACAGGGUCGGGGGAGCUUGCUCCUUCUCCUGGUCAGACGUGACCUGCUACACCUCGAUAUUCCGGAUGCCCAUUUGCUGGUACAAUUAUCUUUGAGCCUGACCAUCCCUGGCCUGGACCCCAUACACCAUUCAGGCUCAGAGGGCUUGGCACUGUGUAGGAGGGAGGCCUCCAAAAACAUAGCCCUAGGGAUUGUCAGUGUAAGGGACAGUGUCUCCUCCCUGUGGAGCGAGCUGUAGAGACGGUGAGGGAGUCGGGGGUGGGGGGUACAUGGCGAGGGGACUGGGAUGUUUGAUAUCAUUCCAGAGACAUUAGCAUCAGUGCCUGGGCCCAGCAUUUAUCGCCUGUCCCUAACUGCCCUUUCAGAAGUUGGGGGGGAGAGAGAGAAAGAGUGUGUGAGUGUUUGUGUGUGUGUGCGAGAGAGAGUGUGUGUCUGUGUGUGUAUGAUUGUGUGUGUCUGUGUGUGUAUGAUUGUGUGUGUGUCUGUGUGUGUAUGAUUGUGUGUGUGUCUGUGUGUGUCUGUGUGUGUAUGAUUGUGUGUGUAUGAUUGUGUGUGUGUCUGUGUGUGUGUGUGUGUGUGUAUGUCUGUGUGUGUGUCUGUGUGUGUGAGUGAGUGUGUAGGAGAGUGAGUGUGUGCCUGUGUGUCUGUGUGUAUGUGUGUGUGCGAGAGAGUGUGUGCGUGUGUGUCUAUGUGUGUGUCUGUGUGCAUGUGUGUGUGCGCGUGAGUGUGUGUGUGCAAGAGUGAGUGUGUGUGUGUGAGUGAGUGUGUGCUUGUGUGUCUGUGAGAGUUUGUGUGUGUGAGUGUGUCUGUGUGUAUGAUUGUGUGUGUGUGUGUGUGUCUGUGUGUGUCUGUGUGUGAGAGAGAGUGUGUGUGUGUGUAUGAUUGUGUCUGUGUGUGUAUCUGUCUGUGUGUGUGUAUGUCUGUGUGAAUGUGUGUGUGUGAGUGGAGGGGGGGAGGUGUUUCGGGGCUCUCUCUCUCUCUCUCUCUCUCUCUCUCUCUCUCUCGCUGGUGCCUAGAAUCUCUCAGCCUGUCAUUGGUGAGCUGCCUGUUCUGUUUCUGACGGUAAUGCCAUGUCUCUGUAAUUCUGUGUAACACAAUAAACCUGACAUUCUCACAGAAGCAG